AUGUCCCAAGCCAACGCAAUCACGACUACCAUCAACAACCCGAAGCUCCGUCUUCUGAACGGUUUGAAAGCAGGAUCAAAACCGGUGAUGACUUUCAUGGGGCUGUCUACGGUCAGAACUUCUCAGAUCGUUGCUCAAACAGGUGUUGAUAGCAUCAUCCUCGACUGUGAACAUGGAAACAUCAGUGACGAUUCAAUGCACGACAUGGUAGCUGCGAUAGCUGCUUUAGACGUCUCUCCAAUCGUGAGAAUCAGAGCUCCUUUACCGGAUUUGAUCAAGCGGACACUUGACACUGGUGCACAGUAA